AUGGCUCAACAACGAAACGACGAACCGAAAGAGCCGCCACCGCUUACCACCGCGGACAGGCCUCCAAGUUCCGACAACAAAGAACAUGACACUUCCCGGCCGUCUACAAGCCCCCGAACAUCGACCGCACACAGCCCACACCCACGCCCGCGCCCGUCGUACAGCUCGCAUGCCGAAGCCGAGGUCGCCGGCCCCGUCGACUUUUCCGAAUUACCCGGCCUCCCCCGGCUACGAUACCGUAUCCUCGAGUACAAAUUGAAACUGUUCACUGUCGUCUCGCUGCUCGUCCUUGAAUCCAGCAUCCUCCCGAUCGCUCUCUACUACGGCCUCAUCCUCGGCACGACCCUGCGCGCCGGCAUCGUAUUCGCCAUCAUCACAUCCUUCUUCGGCAUCGUGACGGGGAUCGAGUUCGCAUUGCGAUGCUUCAAGCUGAUCUUCAGGGGGGACACCUACCGGCCCGUGGGGGGCACGCGCUGGAGCUUCGACUUCACACACUGGACGCUCUCGUUUGGGUACACCAUCAUGACGGGCGUCCUGAUCGGGGCAUCGAUCCCGCACAACCCGCUUGUGCGCCCGCUCGCGAUGCCGGUGUCGUUCUUCUUUAUUCAGAUCGGCUUGCAGCUGGUAUGGAGCGGGUGGAUGAACCGGACGGGCCGUGCCGCGCCGUGCAAGAUCAGUUCGGUGCCGAAAGGCGGGCGGGUGCCACCGUUGGUUUUUACGCUAGUGGAAGACGUGGUCGGAGUGGACGGAGCCGGGGGCCGGGAGUAUCGGAAUGCGUUGUUGGCCCGGUACGAGGCGAGCCCGCGUUUCAGGAAGAUGAUGGCGCAGCAGAAUUGGUUUUGGGCGGUCGGCGCGUUGGUCAAUGGGGUCGGCACUAUGGCCGUCAUCUGGACGGUGCCGGAGCGUGUGGCCUACGGUGUUGAUGUCAUCAACAUCAAAACCACCACCACCACCCAUCUAAUUAACUCUAACACCACCAUCAUCACCACCAUGCCCCCAACCCUCGGAGCUCUCCCUCCUGAACUAAUCCUCCACAUUGCCGACUUCCUCGAUCUCCCCACCCUCGCAGCGGCCAUCGCCUCCGCCCGCUACCUGCACACCCUCCUCUGGAAACGCCUCUACCAGCGCGAUGCCACCCACCACAACUCCAACGGCCUAAUUCGCUGCAUCCGCUCCGGCGUCCCCUCCGCCCUCACCCGCUUCCUCACCGCCGGCGGCGUAACCGACAUCAACGCCCGCAUCAACAUGUCCCCUGACAUCCAGGACUUUUACGGGUACACCUUACCACUGGCAACAGCUGUCGUCCGCGGCCGGCGGGACAUGGCCCGGUUACUCUUAGACCACGGCGCCGAUGUCGCUGCGCCGGUAGAGGGCGCGUGUUGUUUUUCUGUGCCUGAUCAUGCCUGGGCUGAUGUAGUGUCCAAAACACCGUUGUCGGUAGCAAUCACCGAAGGGCAUGACGCGAUCGCGGAGGACUUGGUCGAGCGCCUCGGGCCGUCGUCUACGUCCCCCGACGAAGUCGUGUCAGAGGUGUUUGGCGUAGCGUACACCGCGUUGGAACAAGCCGCACUGUUCCUGCGGCCGGGCGUAGUCCGACGGUUGUUGCAGCGCGGAGCGAAUCCGAAUCGGCGACAGAGGGGAGGUACGGACGGUGGCCAGGAGCCGUCGAGUUUGCUGUACAUGAUCCUUACCAACCAUGUCCUUCGGGCGUGGACGGACGAGGAUCCCGAUGAAGACGACGACGCUGACGGCAGCGCCGGGCCGGGGAGGUUGACCGAGACGGUUAUGGUGUUGUUGGAGUAUGGCGCCGACCCGUUUGCGAAAGAGGAGUGUCCGCUGCAUUCGGGUGAGGAAACCCUUCCCGGCGGGGAAGGGGAAUUGGAAUGCCGGUGUGGCGUGACGGCGUGCUCGGUGGGGAUGGUAUCGCCGUAUGUGAGGCUGCAGAGGCAUUUUGUGGAGUUGGAGCAUCGGCAGCGGUGUCCGAAGUUGGGGUGUCGGGAUAGUCAGAUGCGGUACGGGUUAGUGAGGGACACGGGAUGUGUUCCACCACGAGAAGGGGCCGGACGGGGGAAGAAGUCGUUGGGGGUUGGUCAGGAGGUGCGUGUGAAUUAG